UAUCAUUUCAAAUAAAAUAUAGGUAUGAAUAGGCUGUGCAUCCUAUUUUAAAAACUGAAUUUGUGUAAUUUAUUUGGUUUUAGAAACCGAAUUCAAAACCAUUUUUUUAAAAAAACUCUUAAACACACCGUAUACCGUAUUAAACAAAAUAAAAAGUUUUUGAAUUUGAGGCAUUCUUUUGCCGAGUUUAGUCGACCGCCGUCUUUUGUUCUUGAACUUCUCCUAUCAUUGUUGCUGAAACAUCUACAGCACCAUUAACGAACUUAGGUUUUUGUUCUUCUGCUUCCUCAAUUCCCUCGCCUCAAUUUAUAACAUCUUAUGAGUGUUUAUGUUUUGCGUUUUGGUUGUAUGAAUAGCACCCUUGGAGUAUAUUAAUCUUUUGAAGAUAAUUGUAAGCAAACAAACCCUAAGUAAAGUUUUCUGGAUUCUCAUUGAAAAUGGAAGAUACGUCUUUUUUGUUUUCCGGCAUCAAGUUCGACAAGAAGAAGUUUGCCAAAGAUUUCGAGAGGUUUAAGGUGAAGAAAGAAAAUAAAGAGUCAGAAGUAAAUCCGGGUUUUGUUAACAUCACAGUGACUGAAGCAAAAGUAGGGAAAAAGUCUAUUAGGAAGAGAAAACGGAAAGGCUCUUCUGAAGGAUCAGUGGAGGGGUUUAGUGUCUUCAAAAGUGUCAAUGCAAUUGAUGAAACUGAACAAAAUAAUGAGGAAGACGAGAAAAAUUUUGGAAAGAAAGAAGUAUUCCGGCAACAAGAGCGUGAUGCGAUAUUGCGUAAAGAGCAUGGCAUACAUAUUUCUGGAAGCAAUGUUCCGUCCCCUCUCCAAAGUUUUGAGGAGCUCAGUACUAGGUAUGGAUGCAAACCAUAUUUAUUACGAAAUUUUGCAGCACUUGGAUAUAAGGAACCUACCCCCAUUCAAAGGCAGGCUAUUCCAGUUCUUCUAUCUGGACGCGAAUGUUUUGCUUCUGCACCCACUGGUUCUGGCAAAACUUUGGCUUUCAUUUGUCCUAUAUUAAUUAAACUAAAGCAUGGUUUGAAAGACGGUAUUCGUGCUGUUGUUCUUUGCCAUACUCGUGAGUUAGCAGCUCAAACUACUAGAAACUGCAAGAGGCUUUCUCAAGGAAAGAAAUUCUAUAUCAAGCUAAUGACGAAAGAGCUUGCCAAAAGUGCUGAUUUUUCAAAAUUGCCUUGUGAUAUACUUGUAUCAACACCAAGUCGCUUAAAGUUUGCAAUUCAGAAAAGGAGGCUUGAUUUAAGCAGGGUCCAAUUUCUUGUUCUUGAUGAAUCUGAUAAUCUGUUCGAGCGUGGGUUUAUGGAAGAGAUUGAUUUUAUUGUUAAAGCCUGCUCAAACCCUUCAAUUAUUAGAAUGUUAUUUAGUGCGACUUUGCCAGACACUGUUGAACAACUUGCACGGACGAUAAUGCAUGAUGCUGUACGGAUUAUUGUGGGGAAAAAGAAUACAGCUUCUCCAUCAGUAAAACAAAAGUUGAUUUUUGUCGGAAGUGAAGAAGGGAAGUUCCUUGCUCUGCGUCAAAUUUUUUCUGAGAGCUUGAAUCCACCAGUUCUAAUUUUUGUGCAAGACGUGGCGCGUGCUAAACAGCUUUAUAGAGAGUUGGCAUCCACUGAUAUUAAAGUGGAUGUCACCUAUGGCGAUUUGCCACAAGAACAGAGGGAUAACGCUAUAAAUAAUUUCAGAGCUGGGAAAACUUGGGUUUUGAUAGCCUGUAAAGUUCUGGAUCGUGGCGUGGACUUCAAAGGUCUCAAUUGUGUGAUAAAUUAUGAUUUCCCGGAAUCAGCAUCUCAAUACAUCCACAGAAUUGGUCGAACUGGCAGAGCCGAGAGAGCAGGAGAAGCCAUCACCUUUUAUACAGAAUUAGAUGUUCCAUAUUUGCGCAAUAUAGCUAAUGUUAUGUUACAGUCGGGUUGUGAGGUACCAUCUUGGAUCAUGUCAAUGGCCAAAGGUAAAUGGAAGAAGCAUAGACCAACAAGGGAUUCCAUUUCUGGUCCAAAUGUUGAUUCAAGUGAAGACAAUUGAUGGAAGCUGGUCAAUGACUGUAGGGAAGAUGUUAAAGUCAUUUUUGUUACUAUGAGCUAGGGUUUCAUCCUGAUUUUGUGUUCGAUGCCAAGUAAUUGUAUUCCAGACAUUCGUUUAGCAUUGUCUACUUCCUUUCCAUAGACGUGCACCCCAUAUAAUAAAGUAUGUAUAAUGUAUCUCGAGUUUUAUGAUUUAGAAAAAUAUGUUGCGCGAUUUCUUCGCAAAAUUUUGUAGGGCUUGUGUUGUAAACCUUUUUUUUAUUUUUUUAUUUAUUUUUUUUUUUUAUCAAUUUAGCUCAAUUUAAUUGUUUGGUAAGAUGGAGGCUUGGGAAUGUUAUGGUCCAAAACCCUCCAAAAUCUCAAAGGCAAAAACUAGUGCUUAUUGGUGACCUUUUUGAAAAUAAUAUUUUUAGAAAGUCAUUUUUUAUGGUGAAAAGCAUUACUAAUGAUUGUGUCAAAAUACAUAAAUAAAGUUGGUAUAUUGAAUUUGAUACUCAUUUCUAUCAUCUUCUGGAGCUUUAUGCCCAUGGGCAAUUGACGAUAUUCAUUCACCCAAAAAAGUAUUUAUAAGGUCAAAAAUGUCAUUUAAAAUUGCAUAAAAGUUUUAUUUUCAAUUAAAAAAUUAAUUUUAAUAUUCAUUAUAG